GCUUAAUUCCAGGCUUCAAAAUCAGCAAAUCCGCUGCUGGCAACAUUGUCAUCUUCUGGAGCGUGCUCGUCGGGGACAAGUUGCAGGUUUGGUGUGCCGAGAUUUCACUUGAGAGGCGGGAUAGCCAGAUUUGGGGGAUCAUCCAGUGCAUUCAUCAUGUCUUCACUAUGGACCCUGACCUCUAUGAUUUGUCUUCUAUUAAU